CUUAAAAUUACAGGCGGUGAUUCAAAAUGAUGGAAGUAGAUGUCAGUUUUUGUUCUUACAAUAGCGUGGCUAGCUCCUCUGGAGGAGAAUUGGAAAGUGAUUUGGGGCGGGAGGCACUCAGAGAAAUAUGCUGCAGUAGCCUAUCAAGGAUAUUAGAUCUCCCAGACAACAAGUUAGAGAUACUAUUGGGGGAGGAAGACGAGGAUGAUGGUGAACAUGGAAACAGUGCCACGAACAAUGUUGCCAAAAAUAUUGCCCACAAGUUGAAGGCACUCUCUCACAGGCUACGCUUCGAUGAUCACCACAGCAGCAGCAGCAAAAAUGCCAUGGAAACAACAGGUGCAUCUUCUUUCCCAACACUACAGUUUGGCACUUCUAUUGAUGUGCCUGGCCAAGAUGUACUGGUGAAGCUAAUGGCUCACAUUGAGAUGUUCUGCAACGAAGAAGGAAUCUUUCGUAAGUCUGGGAGUCACUCAAGAAUUGAGCAGAUGAUCGCUGAUUUGGGAUCUCUCCCGUUUGAGUCCGUAGCAUCAAACCCUUCAUAUUCUCUGCCUGAUUUCUCUUCGGUUCUUAAACAUUAUUUUAAAGAGCUACCAGAGCCUCUUCUUUUAAGAAAACACUUGGAAGCAUAUCGCCAAGCAUCAGAUAUGGAUGAUGAGAAAAGGAUGCUUUGUCUUCAGUUGUUGAUGCUCCUAUUACCACCCACACAUCACAUUGUAUUGACCCAUUUGUUGCACUUGCUCUCUAUUGUGUCACAUUCUGAGACCAGUCUUAUGACACCUCAUAAUCUGGCUGUUGUUUUUGGGCCUACUCUCUUUCUACAUAAGACACUGGAUGAUGUAAUGGGGGAAGUCUUACCUAAAGUCACGUCACUUCUUGAGUACAUGAUAAUCCACAAUGUUGAGAUUUUUGAAAUACCAGUUGAGGUUAGACUGGUUGCUGAGAAGUACAUGAAAAGAAGAGAGAUCAGUGAAGAUACAUCAGCAAUACCAGUGGACAUAUAUUCUAGUGCAUGUAAGAAGACCUGCAGUACGAGUGAGUUUCACGAACAAGGAAGAGAUAAUGCUGUAGCUGAGCUUGCUUCUCUCUAUGAGUAUGUGAAAAAGAUGCCUGAUGGCCCUCAGAAGCAAAUGUUCCUCAAAAAGUUUGAGACUGGUUCAAAGAUGGCAGGCACUCCUCCGCCUUACGUAAAAUCAAAAAAGACAAAGGAGAAUAAAGCUACUCCUAAGCUUCCUAAAGCUGUAGGAUCUCAUCAAAUCAAUUCUACAGUGACACCGAUGAGGCCUGUAUUCAAGAAAGGCUUUCAGCUCCUUGGCACUGAAGGAGGAGUUGCAGGAGAACUACCUCCAGUUCCAUCUUAUGCUACACCUCUUCGACCCACUGCCAAUUUAGUGCAAUAUGAAAGAAUGGAGACUGAUGUUUAAAUGAUCAUUUCACACAGGUCCCUCUCUCCUUUCUCUCUCUCCCCCCUUCAUUCCUCAAUUAGACAAAUCUUAAUACAUUACACUCACUUAUUUUAAUAGCAUGCCUCACACACACACACACACUCUUGUAGACAUCAUUUUAUUUUGCUUAUAAAGCUCUAUUAUAAAA